AUGGUGCUGGACGCGCUGCUCAAGAUCAAGAACGAGCAGGACCCGUCGCUCACCUUCCGCCGCAGCUGCCGCGAGGGCAUCUGCGGGAGCUGCGCCAUGAACAUGGACGGCGACAACGGCCUCGCCUGCCUCACCAAGAUCUCCUCGGCGUCCUCGGCGUCCACGGUCUCGCCGCUGCCCCACAUGUUCGUCAUCAAGGACCUGGUGGUGGACAUGACCAACUUCUACAACCAGUACAAGAGCGUCGAGCCGUGGCUCAAGCGCAAGGACCCACCGCCGCAGCAGGGCAAGGAGAUCCCGCAGACCAAGGCCGAUCGUGCCAAGCUCGACGGCAUGUAUGGAGUGCAUCCUGUGUGCCUGCUGCUCCACCUCCUGCCCGUCCUACUGGUGGAACCCCGAGGAGUACCUCGGCCCAGCCGCGCUGCUCCACGCCAACAGGUAGGGCAUGCUUGCAUUCCACGAUGGGUCUUGUGCUAUAAAAUGUCCAUUCGUUGUUCCAGAUGGAUACAGGACAGCCGUGACCAGUUCACCAAGGAGCGCCUGGACGCCAUCAAUGACGAGUUCAAGCUCUACCGCUGCCACACCAUCAAGAACUGCACGCAUGCCUGCCCCAAGGGCCUGAACCCGGCAAAGCAGAUCGACACGAUCAAGAAGCUCCAGUUGGACGCCUGA